AUGAAAAAUGUUGUGUCUACUAGUGACGUGCGAAGCGCGAGGAUUUGGCCUCUCGCGAGCGCGGCAACAUUUGGCGGCAAAAAUCUGGCCGUGGGAAAAAAAGGGCGCGUGCGGGAUGGGAGCACCAGCGCGAAGCAAAGCCAAAUCGCAGCAAGAAUACAAGGGUCGGUCCUCCAUCGCGCCGCCGGCUCGUUGCCAUUGCUCUCGAUCGCGCCGCAGCUGCAGCAAUCGCGAGGGGAAUCAACCCUGUUCAACACCCCGCGAGGCGACGACGAGCGCUCGUGCUCCGAGGCGCUCUCGCCGGUCUGCGGGCUAGAAGGGGGCAUCGCCGUGUCCUGCGGCGGGACCAAUGGCAUCAGUGGCGCCGCCCCCGUGUCUUGGCCGUUGGUGCGGUACCUGCAGUUCCAGUGGCAGGUGCUGGUCGUGAGGAAUGAUCUAAAGAUUAGUAAGGGGAAGAUUGCUGCACAACUGCAGGAAUCGGGGGCCUCCACCACGUUCUUCGCAAGGAGACAACAGCAUGGGGGAAGAAGAGAGGCCACGGGAGAGAAGGAGAGCAUGACAGAGCUACGGCAGCGACCUCUACGUGAUAUGUAA